AUAAAAGACAAUAAAAAGAAAAUAUGCUACUCGAGUAGGCAGGGGUGGAGUAACUAUGAAAAGCUUUGAAACGCCAUAGAAACUGGUUUCAGUCAUCAGCGACAGCCGCAACAGUACAGUAAAAAUCCAGACAAAGAAAAGAAUGAGUGCCAACAAAACCCGGGACCCACCUCCCUAUAUAAUACCAAUGGACACCAAAGGUGAUGUCAAGGUUUACCAUGUGCACACACCGUUCUCUCCACAAAGUUCCACUAUCGAUGACUCUCAAAUGCGACGUGUUCAAGCAACUGACAACAGAAGCAAAUUUGUCAGCCAUGAAUCGUACGAGCUAGGUCGCAAUCCGGGAAUGGCCACCUGCACUAGUUGCCAACAGCAAGUCUUAACAAACGUCACCUACAAAGCAGGAGUCUACGCAUGGUUGAUGUGCCUACUUUUGAUUCUGUGUGGAUUUGUGCUAUGCUGCUGUCUGAUUCCCUUCUUCGUCAAAUUUUUCAAAGACGCCUAUCACACGUGCCCGAAAUGCAAUAGGAUCAUCCACAUUGAAAAGAAGCGAUGCUGCUAACCUCGUCUCCUCCCUGAUUUCAACAGUGCUCAUGGAUUUAUGUGGCACCAUACACAAUAUGAAGGACUGGAGGACACUUUUAGACCAAUAGGGAUGUGUAAAGUUUUAAGAACUAAUGUUGUAAAACAUUUGUAAUUAAGAGCCUUUAGGUUUGCAGCCUUUUUCUUAUUACUAAUUUUACAUAUAACAUCAAAAAUUAACAUGAAUGCACAUAAUUUUGAUUGUUUCUAGAUAUAUUCUACUCGUGUAUAAAGGCCUCGGGGUUGGGGUUGAGAGUGUUGACCUUGGUGACAUAAGGCAAAUGGUCUUAUAGAUAAUUGCCACAUCAACAACAUAAAAAUGUUAUGUCUUGUGACACACCAGGACUGACCAAAUCUGCAGUACAUAACUGUCAGUUAUAUUAUUGAGAUUGUCAAAAAUUUUGCCAUUAAUCACUUAGAUCCCAAAUAAAUAAAAGAGUGUAAUUCAUACGCCCAAACCUCACGAUGGGUUUUUGUUGAUGUUGAAUCACGUUGGUGGAUAGUUUUACAGUUGUACAAAUGCUUUACUUCUGUCAAGUCUGUUUUUACAGUAGUCUCUAUUCGUACAUUAAUGUCCAUAUGUGCAUCAACGUAGAGCUAUGGUACUAAGAAAAAGCAAGGCGGUUCACACAGAACGCGUUCUUGCGUUAAAACACGCGAAAUUUGCGAGGAUAGCAUUAAAACUCGCGAGACGCUGUAACGUUGGCGGUACGUUCAGCUGAUGUUUACGUAUUCCGCGCAAAAGCGCGUUCUGUGUGAAACAGGCCCGUCUAUGUGCAAUAACGUCAUAAGAUUUUUUGUUCGAUUUUGAAGUAUUGGGAAAGACUGUUAAAACGAAAAAAUCUAGAAUAAAGUAUUAAUGAAAAUACUCUACGUUUGCAAUAAAAUGAUUAAGAGUC